AUGUCUCGCGCUCGCAACCUCGUCGUUGCAGGUGGAUUACUGGCUUUUGCUGGUGCUGGAAUGGCGUUCCCUUUCUACAUGGCGGCAGGGAAGAGUAAGCCAGUGAUCGACUCGUCGAAGCCAUUGCCGCCGCAAGCCACUUUCCGAGGGCCUUACGUCAACACUGGUUCCCGUGAUAUCGGACCAGAUUUCCAGAGCUACCCAAAGAAAUGA